UUCUGCUAUUUUAAAAAUAAACUUUUUGUGAGCGUGAACUUCCCCUUUAAUAAAGAAGUGAUAAAGCAUCCUUUUACACCAAACUUUUGUUUGAAAUUGUUUUAAAUUCUAAGAAAUAUUUUCUUCAAAAUCUAGGUGGUGCAUGUACAAAGGCUACAGAAAUCCAGAAUUCAGUCAUCUAUGGAUUGUGUGCGCCAUGUCAUAUCUUUGAUAGCAAGCAAACAACAUAAUCAUGUCAAAGACUUUUCACAGCUGCUUUUUAAUGACCAUAAGCUAUUAUCAUCUAUACAUGUUAUUCAUUUUUGUAUUUUCUGAUAUUACAACAGUCAAUGUUAGACCAUAAUGUCUCUUCUGUUUUUUUUUUGUUUACAUUUACUUUGUAUGUAAAUUCAAGAGCGGACAAUAUCUGUUAUUUUGCCUGAAGGACUCCCUUCCAUGGAAAUAAUCUACAUUUAAAAAAAAAAUCCGUAUUCACUGAAUAUAUACAUGUAUAUUACAAACUAAAUGCAGAUUCUAAUAGGGUGUAAGGGAUAAUCAGAGGCUGUGGAACAUCAGGCUCGGACAAAGAAAGUGGAGGGGCACCCUUUGUCUGCCAAACGAUAGGUGCGUCUCCACUUUUCUAUGAGCCUGACGUUCCGCCGCCUCUGGCCGGAUAAUUUACAGAUAGUGAUCAAUCAUUAUUGCUUCAUUUCAAUAUUGGAGCGAUCUUUUGGUUAAUAUUAUAAUUGUGCUCUGUACACUAGAGACCAAUACAACUCCAGAAUAAUACACAAAUUUAUCUUUAUCUUAUAUCUUUUUAUGUGUUUUAUGUACGUGAAGAAUGCCAAUCAAUUAAAAGACAAAAUUUUGCAUACACUGUAUAAUUUAUCAAUAUGAACGGGUAAAACAAAUUCUUAGAUACCACGUACAAUCGAGAGCUUGAAGAGGAAAAAGUAACAGGAAGUCACAUGAAAUCCAACCUUCCUGUCUAGCACGUGGGUGAAGAUGUAGUUUAUCCUGUAUAAAUAUACCAAUAUUCUUUUCCAAAACAAUCAUUUCAAGUCUACAUCCUUUGGUGAUCCUCCUUGCAUCCUCUACUACACUUAUAAUUGUAUACAGACUAUAAAUGCCAAUACUGACAUUAAGACUUCACUUUUGGGGUGUGCAAAUGAAAAGGAGAAUGUGUUAGGUGAAUACUCUUGAUGAAUUCUUGCUUUACUGGAAACUGUACAACUGCAUGAUCUUAACACUCACGUAUGUAUUUACUUACACCAAGAGAAGGAUGGCAGUUAACAGCGUCCGUAGCAAAUUCAGAAGUGUAUAUCUGCAGCUUUCACUAUUAGCAUUCUGGCUUAUUUGGGUCCAAGUGCAAUCAUCUGAUGCAGAAACUGCCAAGAAGUUUCCAAAAUGUGAGCUUGUAAACUCCAGCCAUGGAGUCGUUGCAAACUGUCAGCAUCUUGGACUAACGAAAGUUCCACAAGAUCUGCCUUCGAGUGUGUUUGAGCUUGAACUGUCUGCAAAUAAACUGACCGCUCUGCACAAUGAUUCUUUUCACCAUGUUCCCAACAUGAUCAUCCUCAUCUUGGAAACCAACCCAAUAAUAUCUCUUGAGAGUGGGUCAUUCUGGCCUUUGACAAAGCUCAGGACUCUAAUUCUCAGCUACACCAACCUACAGUCAAUACCACCAAGCACUUUCCUGAAGAACGUGCUACUUACAAAGCUCCUAAUGAAUGACAAUCACUUAGCGUCGGUCCCCCACGAAGCUGUUUCCGACGUACCGCACCUGUCUAAUCUGCUGCUUAAUGGAAACAAAAUAACCAGUCUUGACUUUGAGGGAUGUUCACAUUGGUCUCACUUAGGAAGAAUCAACAUUGACCUAAAUGAGGUUGAGGAAAUUGGGCGGGAUGACUUUCUACCCCUGGAGAACACAACAAUACACAGUCUGACCAUCAUAUCCAACAAAAUAAAUCUUCUACAACCACAGAGCUUCCUGCAUUUAAAUUCCAUACAACAAAUUUUGCUAGAUGGGAAUCAUCUUCACUCAUUUGACAUUCAACCUUUCUUAGGCAUGACUUCCAUUGACUAUUUAUCGUUGCACGGAUGCCAGAUCCAUGAACUUUUACCACCUGAAACAGCCUCCAACAUGUCUGUCACGUACCCAACCAUUCGAUCUUUAAAGCUGUCUGGUAAUAAAAUUGAGACUGUGCCAGUGGGAGCUUUCUGGGGCUUCACCACACUUAAAGUGCUUGCAUUGAGACUAAACAAAAUCAAUUUCCUCACAAACAGAUCGUUGUGUCAUCUGGAGUCACUUACAGAAUUGGAUAUUUCCUAUAACAAAAUAACCACCUUCUCCAAUGCAACAUUUGCCUGCCUGCAGAAUUUGAAAGUGCUGAAUGCAUCAGGAAACUUACUACAGGCCCUUUUGCCAGGAUAUUUUAAUGGACUGCAAUCCAUUCUUACCAUAACAGUCUCGAGUAACAAAAUCGAAGAUCUCAACAAUGGCAAACAUCUGUGGACAGUCAAGACACUGCGCAUGCUCGACAUAUCUCACAAUGCUGUAAUUAGUAUUGGUCAAGAGAGAUUCAAUGGCCUUGCCAAUCUGGAGGUACUAAACAUAACUGAUAAUAAUAUUAAUUACUACAGUUACAAAGCUUUCACCAACAUUUUGAACUUAAAGGAGCUGUACCUCAAAAAUGAAGCCUCAACGUAUCUGAAAGAUGCCUUUAGUCAACUACAUACCUUGUUUAUUCUAGAUAUAUCGAACGCACCAAUCAGGGUAUCACUUCAAACUCAAGAGCAGUUUUCAAAUAUGAGUAGUUUAGGUGAACUCCGAAUGGAGAAUGCACAGCUGGAGAAUACUACCUUAUACGAUAAAGACAAAAAUCAGUCACUUUUCGCAGGUCUCUCCUCACUGUACAAGUUGAGAAUCAAAGACAAUUAUUUGCAUGACCUUGACAUCAGGGUAUUUCAGAACCUUUCACGGCUAGUCGAUCUUGACAUGACCAAUUCAAGAAUAUAUACACUAAGAUCGGGAUUGUUAAGUCCUCUCAUCUCUCUAAGAUACCUUUACCUUAGUGAGAACAGUUUGGUGGAACUCCCUGGAGAUGUAUUCAAUGGGCUCUUUAACCUGAAAGUCCUCUACUUUCAGAACAAUAUCCUGAGUAGUCUGGACCCGCAGACUUUUGCACAGACAUUAGAACUGACUGACCUAUAUCUCCCUGGGAAUCAAAUCAGCACAAUCAAACCUGGAACAGUUCUACCAGGGAAUAAUUCACUUCGGUUGGACAUCUCAAGCAACCCUUUCUCCUGCACCUGCUCCUUGAAAUGGUUCAGGCAGUGGUUGGACACAGCUAACAUAGAUUUCAAACAUGCAGAUAAAACGCUUUGCUCGGGUACAUCCCUGAAAGGAUUUAAGAAGCAACCGAUACUGUCCUUUCAUCCCGAAGAUUACUGUGGUGUCAACAUCUUCCUCAUUGCAGUUGUGUCUUUCGCAGGCAUCUUUUUUUGCCUGCUAACGAUACUUGCAUAUCACAGACGUUGGUGGUUGAAUCACAAGAUAUUCCUAUUGAAAUUGGCUGUGCUUGGCUACAAAGAGAUGGCAGAGGACUUUGAGGCAGAUCACUAUGAGUUUCAUCUCAACCUCAUGUUCCACGAAGAUGAAGAGGAGUGGGUGGAUCGGGUAAUGAGACCUGCCCUGGAGGAGAGGUUGCCACAUCUACGGAACAUCAUAUAUGGGGACAAAGACCUGCACCUCGGGAUGUUCUACAUUAAUGCAAUCUUCCAUGCCCUGGACAACAGCUUCAAGACAGUCUUGUUGAUCAGCAACCGGUCAGUGGAUGAUGCCUGGUGCAUGACUAAGCUUCGUAUGGCUCUUGAGCACAUCAACGAUACAGGACUAGACAAGAUCGUCUUGCUCUUUGUGGAGGAGAUUGAUGACGAGAACCUGCCGUAUCUUGUCAGGUUGUUCCUGAGCAAGAACAAACCUUACAUGCUGUGGACAGAUGAUGAAGAUGGGCAGGAACUUUUCUGGGCUCAGUUUGAGAAGAGCAUGAGAUCCAAUAAGGCUGUCAAUAAUGCUAUUCCUCUUUGAUGGGCAGUUAGGUGUAGUUUUUGGUGUGGUUUUUUUUUUGGGGUACUUUUGAUUGUAUAUUCAUAGCGGCAAAAAUAAUUAUAAAAAGCAGCCAACAAACAAAAAUCCAAUUUUGUGAUAGAUUUUGACAUUAUAUCC